UAUUUUUUGUCAUGUGGAACCAACAAUUAUGACAUGAUUGCUGAUGUGUUACUGUACAUAAUUCAGGCCCUGAAACUUUACCUGCCACCGGAACCAGCCACCCCUCAAGUGGAGACUUUGAAGAAAUACUGCCUUAUUUCGAUGUUUGCGAACGCGGACAAAGUGGUUACUGCGACGCUGUUCACAAAUGUCCGACUGGGCAUACUUGCAUGUUUAUGAAUAAGGACGGAUUUGGUAAAUGCUGCCGAAAUAUCUUGGAUGUAUGCGAACACGGGCAAAGCGGUUACUGUAGUGCCGGUUUCAAAUGUCGGGUCGGACACACAUGCAUGUUCAUAAAUAAGGAUGGGGUUGGUAGAUGCUGUCGGGAUACCAAGGCUGGACUAGACUCUGACAACGUACGUGCAAAUCAACCGUCAAAAACGGUAGAACCUCUCAUUAACGACCAAGCCGCUGCACAUACUGGUGACCUUGAUGAUAUUGUUAAGAAUCGAAUUGCUAUUGAACAAGUAGAUGUGCCGGGGAAAUCGCAAAAUGAUGGCAUAGGCUUUGACAACGUGGUUGGAAAUCAACCUCCAACAACGGUAGUACCUCUCAUAAACAACCAUGGCGCUCCAAUUAUUGGUGACCUUGAGGAUUUUGUGAACAGACGCAUUGACAUUGAACAAGUAGAUGCCCGAGAGAAUGUACCAAGUGCUGAUCUAGACUCUGACAACGAGGAUGCAUAUCAACCACCAAACACGGUAGUACCACUCAUUAACGACCAGGGCGCUCCAAUUAUCGGUUACCUUGCGGAUGUUGAAAAGAAACGCCUUGACAUCGAACAAGUAGAUGCCCGAGAGAAUGUAGAAAGUGGUGGGGAUGAGGGAAAUUCUUAUCUUGAAACAGUUCCCAAUACUACACCAGAAGCAAACCCUGAUUUUGACCUAGAUGCAUUUAUGAAGGGACAACUUAAUAUGAAGCAAGAAACUGACGUUGACAAUGUACCAAGUGGCGAGGAAGAGGAAGACCUACCUGAAGAUCCAGAAAAGAAAAAGAAUGACUAUGAUGAUCAAAUCGAAGAAGAAGACGAUGGCUGGGGCUGUCGCGUUGGUGACUCAUUAAUGAAGAAGCAUCGGUCACUGAUAGAGUGCAAGAAAGACGCGGACUGUCCGAAGGUCACGCACCCGGGUGUCGCUUAUUGCCAUUACAACGUGUGUUGUCAGCGCACUCGACCUUGAAUUGAUUGUGAUGGUUUAUUGUGACCAUGUGUAUUAUCGAAUCGUUUACAUGACUUAAUGCUCGAAAUGUGAUGCUUGCUAUAUGAAGUCAACAUAUGGACAAUGAUCAUUUCGAUUUGUUCUCUAUUGAUAAAAUAGUGUGCACGAUGUGUAUUAUAUUAAAUAAAACG